UUUAAAGGUCCAUCAUCGUUUUUAUAUCAACAAUAAAAUUGUCUAAAACCCUAAAACCACAAACUUCAGCAGCUCCUUAACCUUUGCCGUUCUUUCUGAAACUAGUCGGAAUCACUCGCCGGAUUUCAUCGUCGUCAUCGCAAUGGGAUCCAAAAAGGAAAACAAGAAGAACCACGACGACAACAAAGGGAAGAAGAAGAAGAUGAUGAAGAAAAAUGGGAAGGGUAAGGAUAAUUCGUCCAAUUCGAACAAGUCUGAUAAACCAUCACACAGUAAUGACAAAGAGGUUAUCGAAGAUCCUCGAUUUGCAAUGGUUCACACCGACCCACGUUUUCGUGAACCACCAAAGCAUCAAACUAAGGUUUCAAUUGACUCUCGAUUCAAUCGCAUGUUCACUCACAAGAGCUUUUUGCCUUCUUCUGCACCCGUCGAUAAGCGAGGUAAACCCAAAGAUAAGGCUAAUUCGCAGGAACAUUCUCUUCGUCAUUACUAUAAAAUGGACGAAGAAGAUGAUAAGAAGAAGAAAGUAGAACAGAGUAGUGAUGAGGAGGACAAUGAUGAUGAAGAAGAGGAGUUGGUGAAAGUUAAGAAAGCGAAACUGGAGGUUGAGAGUGGCACUGAGUCUGAAGAGAGCGGUGAUUCGGAAUCUGAUGCUGUGUAUUCAGAUACAGAUAAAGAAAUAGAUAUUGAUACUGAUACUGAUGAUGGUGUUGAUGAGAACGAUUCUGAAGAGGAUGAACCUGAAAUUCAGGAAGAGGUAGCAGAGAUUGAGAAAGAAACACAUAGGUUGGCUGUUGUUAAUAUGGACUGGCGGUAUGUGAAGGCUGUUGACUUGUAUGUAUUAUUUAGUUCAUUAGCCCCAACUAGUGGACUGAUCAAAUCGGUAACUAUUUAUCCAACCGAGUUUGGCCUUCAACGUAUGAAUGAGGAGGAAGUAAAAGGGCCUGUUGGUCUAUUUGAUGGUGAAAAUAAAAGAAGUGAUGAAGACGGUAGUGCGGAAGAAGAGACUGAUGAAGAAGAUUUUCAUGAUAGUGAUUCUGACAAUGAGAAGCUGCGUGCAUAUGAGAAGAGCAGGAUGAGGUACUAUUUUGCUUUGGUGGAAUGUGACUCAAGUGCCACAGCAGAUCACAUUUACAAAGAAAAUGAUGGUGUUGAGUUUGAACACUCAUCGAAUCCACUUGACUUAAGGUUUAUUCCAGACGAUAUGGAAUUCAAACAGCCUCCUAAGGAUGUUGCAUCAGAGAUACCUGCAAACUACGAGAACAAAGAUUUCUAUUCUCGGGCACUUCAGCACAGUAAAGUUGAACUUACUUGGGAUGAGGAUGAACCUCUUCGAGCAAAUACUUUGAAGCGGAAAUUCACUGACGAACAGCUGGCUCAGUUGGAAAUGGAUGAAUUAAUAGCUUCUGAUGUGAGUGAUAGUGAUGAUAGUGAGGAUAACAAUGAGACUGAUGAGCGGCCUAGAAAAAAAGAUAAUAAGUAUCUUGCCUUGCUUGACAAUAAUUCAGAUGAAGAUGGAGAUGAUGAUGCCAUGGAUAUGGAGGUGACCUUCAAUACAGGUUUGCAAGAUAUAAGCAAACAUAUUAUGGAAAAGAAGGAUAAAAAAUCAAGAACAGUUUGGGAAGAAUGUCUGAGGAAAAAACGUGAGAAAAAGAAAGCCAGGAAAAACAAAUCAAAGCAUUCAUCAUCAGAUGAUGAUAGCGAUAAUACUGAUCAUGAAGCUACUGAAGACGCAGAUGACUUCUUCAUUGAUGAGGAACCUGAUAUUAAGAAAAAGAAGAAGAAGGCAGAAAGUAAAAAUGACAAGGAUCAUAAGCUCCAAGAUAUGGAUGGGGUAGCCAAAGCAAGCAAAGAAGAGCUUGAACUGUUGCUUGCUGAUGACAAGGGGACAGGUACUGGUCUCAAGGGAUAUAAUCUGAAGUUUAAAAAAGGCAAGGGCAAAAAGGCGGAGAAUGCUAUUGAUGAGGGGAAAAUACCAAACAAUGCAUUUGAUGAUCCACGUUUUGCAUCUAUCUUCUCAGCUGACUUUGCUAUUGAUCCCACCGAUCCACAAUUUAAAAGGAGUGCCGUGUAUGCCAGGCAGCUGGCACAGAAGCAGCAGAAGGGUCGUGAAGAAUUGUCGGUAGAAAGGGAGCACGUGAAGUUUCCGAAAGAAACACAGUUGUCUUCUGAUGGUUCUGGUGCGAAGCUGAAGGGUGGGGAAGAAGUGUCAGAUGAUUUGAAAUCAAAGCAAGAUAAAUUGGAGUUAUCAUCUUUGGUUAAAUCGAUUAAGAUGAAAUCAAAGCAAAUCCAGCUAUCCUCUGAUGUCAAUACAAAGAAAGCUGGAAAAUCACAAUUUAAGAAAAGGAAGCACUAGGUCUUAACCUUGUGGUCCAAUCUACUCACUUGAAUGGAAGAGACCAAGGAACUUGUGAAAUUGUUACGGCCCCUUCCACAUGCCGGCAAAAAUUGCUGGGGUAAAAAGCAGGCAUGUGGUUGGUCAGUUAGUUUAAUCUUUUGUCAAGAACUUUCUUAAUCACUAUGCUUAUUAAAAAAUUUGUCGCAUACUAGGUGGAUAUUUUUUGUUUUUAGUUUAUAUUCAUAUAUAACUUCUCAUAGGUGGAUAUCUUUUGUUUUAAAUUUAUCAUUGGAGAAGACGACUUCCUAACCAUUGUGUUCUAAGCCUCGGCAGUUUUUGUUUUUGUAAAAGUUGGAAUUCAUUCCAAAAGGGCAAAAGCUCUAAAGCCAGAAA